CCAAAAAUUUCUCCCUUAGAUCUCCUCCUCUCCUACGCUCGUUGUAUCUUGUAAAUUGUAAAUCUCUCCUGGUUUCCGUUUCCCGAAGACCAUUUUGUUGUACUGUCACAUUCUCUCUCUCUCGCGACAUGGACGACGGAAUCGAGCCCUCGACCUCGUCUCCAUCGUCGUUAAACAAAGAACCAGUGUUUCUUCGAGCAAGAAGAGAGCCAUUCGAGUACGGACUUCUCCCAAUAUCGAAGCUCAUCUUCUCUGACCGGACGGCAACCCUAGGUCCCCUCAAGGAAAAGCUCAUCCAACGAGCCUCGUCCUCUCCUCCACGAAUCGACGCCGAUGGCAUUUCCGAAGUCCUUCAGAUCUCGAUCGAGAAUGCUCAUCUCGUUCUUGACACCCUCGCCGCUGUUCUCCCCUCGGAUUCCGAUCCCCUCGUUUCUGCCAAGCCUCACGAGCUUGGUUCGGUCGGUGCCAAUGUUGAUGAUCUGAUUUUGUUUCUUUAUAUCCAAUCCUACAAGAGGCUUCUCCCUAAAACGCAUAAGGACUCAGCUUCCGUUGCUGAUGUCUGGCCUUCCACUUCUGCGUUCGACGGCUACUUGUCGGCCCUCUCCCCCAUGCAGCUUGUGCGUACCAACAGCCGUCGGUUUAUGCCAUCACAAGCUGAUGAAGAGGCCCAUCAGUUAUCCUAUUUAGAGAAGCACAUGGAAAACAUUAUAGCACUACUGGCAGAGCCUGUUGAAGGCAAUGAUGAGGAAACUCUGGUUUUGACCUUUGAAAGGUUUGAGCAUCUUGGAUUCCUCAUGCAAUUUGGUGAAAAGGGGUCUGAAGGAAUUCCAUUGAAUCAGGCUGCACCGUUUUUUGCAAAUUCAGAUCCAAACAUGCCUUCUGUCCCCAUUCCAGCAGCACAAGUUCAUGAAUGGAUUCUACAAAAUAUAGCUGAGGCCUUAGAACAUAGUUCAGAAAGAGUUUCUUCAAAAGAAAAUGGGUCACCCCAUACCCCUGACCAGGAUGUUGCUAUGUUUGAUGCAACAAGUCCCUUAAAGGGAUCUGCUUGUACUAGAAGUCUGAAUUUUAUAGAGGGAAUUUCCAAAACUUCACUUACAAAGCAAGCAUCUGAUCUAAAUGGUUCUUCUGUAAAGGUUUUAAAUUGUCAUGACUCAGUGAUUUAUAUAUUAGCACCUUUAAGAUAUGCCACUGUGUAUGGGUGUUCUGAUGCAACUAUAGUUCUUGGGGCCAUUGGCAAGGCUGUAAGAGUGGAGCAUUGUGAACGUGUGCAAGUGAUAGUAGCAGCAAAACAAAUUUGCAUUGCCAAUUGUCGUGAGUGUGUUUUCUUCCUAGGCAUAAAUCAGAGACCACUCAUUCUUGGAGAUAAUCAUAAACUGAAGGUAGCACCAUAUAACACAUAUUAUCCACAAUUGGAGGAACACAUGAUCCAAGUUGGUGUUGAUGCAAGUUUUAACAGAUGGAAUGAGCCCCUGGUGCUGGGCAUGGUUGAUCUACAUGAUUCAUUAUCUCAUCCUGCUGGGGUCUCUGAUGUUCAAUCUGAAUCGGCAACAUGCCUUGAUCCUGAUCAGUUUACAAAUUUCUUGAUUCCCAAUUGGGUGGGUGGUGAGUCACCCAAGUCCACAAAACACAAUCCAUUUCCGUUGCCUGAGGUCUAUAUGGCAUCACAGCAGAAAAACCUUCAGAAUUUAGGGGAAAUAAAGCAGUCUUUGAGAGAAUUGCAGCUUGAGGAGAGCCGAAAACGGGAACUAUCUAGUGCUCUUCACGUAUACUUCAAAGAUUGGCUUUAUACUUCUGGAAAUAUCCGUCAGCUUUACUGUCUACAAGGUGACUGAGGUUGUUAGGUGUUGUCGCAUGAUCAAGCUCUUGCAGUGAUGGUAAACUGGGUGAUUUUCUCGGUCAUUAUGGUCAUUUUGACAUGAGACUUCAUCUGUCGCCAUUUCUGGUAAGACUGCAGGCAGUAGAGAAUGGUAACAUGUUUCGUGCUGUGAUGCAUCCACUUAUCUUAUGAAGCUGGCACAAUGCAAUAGUAAUAUUUGGGAUGAAUUGUCCAUGUUCUUUUGUUAACCAGGGUUCACUCCUUGUGAAAUUGAGGUUUUUGGUUUCUUGGGUUUAAUCUUUUAUCCUUUUAUAUUUAGUUUUCUUGGGGAUUUAAUUAUUGGUUGAAAUAAUCUCUUGUAGAUAGAACAGAUUUUUUAUUGAAUCGAUUUGUUAUUUGGCAAGCAUCUA